AGGCUCUCUCAAUUAGUUCAGAAAUAGAGCCUGCGUCUAGCUGACUAAUUUCCUUUUUAAUUUGUGCUUUUAAACGGGCCAUUAAAAUCUGCAGUCACAUGGGACUGAAUGGAGAAGUGCGCCGAACAAGGACAACUCCCCGCACACAUAGAAAGCGGCUCCAAAGGUAGGCAGGCCUACCGAAAUUCACCGGCGACUCCUACAGUGACGGUACUUAUUUGCCAUCUAUGCCUCCCACCUGCACUGGGCUGGAAUAGAGGCGCCCUCCGGAACGAGGCGGCUGGAUGGAUGCCACCUCUGGAGGUGAGGUUUCAAACUUUGCAGCCGCUUUUUUUCCGUCUUAUGGAGUUAAAGGGUAGAUGCUACUAGUCGUAGUUCUAUUACCAUACUGCAAAUAAAGUCACACCGGACGCUGGAUCGCACGCCGGUGCGAUGAUCUGCACCUGCACACAAAGCCCACGUAAAAAAAUCUACCUCCUUUGAGAGGUGAGAACAGUGUGUGGAGACGCGCAGUACGGCAGCGAUGAGCUCCACGCUCCCCAAGAGCGACUCUACGACAUCCCUGCUGAAACCAAGCGCAAGGGUGGCCCUCCGGCCGGAGCGCAUUAUCGCCGGUCGCCGCAGCGAACGCCGGGCGACAUCGCACGCAGGCAGCGGCGCAACCGAGGACGAAUGCUGGCCGGACGAGUGCGACGCAAGUGCCCGGCGACCACUGUGUCACCCCAAACUCCGAGAUGGCGGGGCCAGACAAGAGAGCAAAGAGCCGUCCCAACAGCCGUACACCCAGCUGACCCCCGGGUACAGUCGGGAGAAGAUGCAGGAAAGACUGGGUGUCGGACGGAUCGGCAGGGAGAACGGUGUGCGGUCAAGGCAUCCACACCACCAUCACAAUAACUCGCGGCCAGAUCCGUCUCCGGUGCAUCACUGCAGCGACCGCCGGUCAAGCGGGACACCCUCCCCGACACCGUCCCUGUCCAGCCGAUUAGACGAAGCAGCCGCCUUCUUCGAGACCAAGGUGCGAACCAGGAGGGACUCGGGCACCGCGACCACGUACGACACUGACGCCUCGUCCUCUCCCGUCUCCGCUUCGGCGCGUCGCUCCUGCAGCAAACCGGGGAAAUCGAGCGCGGCAUCACCUCUCUCAGAGUCCCAACUGCACCCCAUCGUCAACUCGGUGUAUGGGCAAGACCGGCAGUUGCGACCAGAGGAGCUGGAUGAACUACGGGAGGCUUUCAGGGAAUUCGACAAGGACAAGGAUGGAUUCAUUGGCUGUAAAGACCUGGGCAACUGCAUGAGGACCAUGGGGUACAUGCCCACCGAAAUGGAGCUGAUAGAACUGAGCCAGCAGAUCAACAUGAACUUGGGGGGUCACGUGGACUUUGACGACUUCGUGGAGCUGAUGGGUCCCAAGCUGCUGGCCGAAACGGCAGACAUGAUCGGAGUCAAGGAGCUGAGGGACGCCUUCAAGGAGUUUGACGCCAACGGUGACGGUAAGAUCAGCACGGCGGAGCUCAGAGAAGCUAUGAAGAAGCUACUCGGUCAGCAGGUGGGCCACAAAGACCUGGAAGACAUUCUGAGGGACAUCGACCUGAACGGGGACGGCCACGUGGACUUUGAGGUCUUCUGGUGCCCCCGUUUCUCUCUGCCAGCCAUCUCGACGUGGUCUAGUCCAACCUGCCGGAGGAAAGAGAGCUGACCGCCCGUGUUUAUCUAUUCCCGCUCUUCCCAUUCGCCUCCCUGUCAGAGUUUGUCCGGAUGAUGUCCCGCUGAACUUGGGGACAGUGUUGGAACGUCAGAGCCGGACCCCAUCGCCUCCACGGCAAAGGAUGGAGAGAGGGAGUGCAGGAGUGAGCGCCGUAAACUGAACCCCCCCUCCCCACCCCUUCCCAAAGUUGUACUAGGAGAGAGAACCUUCAACUUUGACCUCUGACCUGCGAACUAUUGACCCAGGCAAGAGUGAUGUCACAGCCGUUUCCUGCACACGCUCUUUGGGUCAGUGGGUGGACCAGCAGACCAGGCCGAUGCGGAGACCAGGCAGGCAAGCAGGGCAGCGACUCCUCCCCCUGCGCCUCCUCACUCCUCCUCGUGUGUGGAAAACCACUGUGUGUUCAAGGUUCCAGCAAUAGUGCUUCCAAACCACAGGUGUCGUGCCCUACUGUGCGUGCACUGGGAGGAGCAGUGACCUUAACGGUCACUCUGACACGCAUCUCCCGCUUUUAUUUGUUAGCAGAUGGAGGGGAGGAGGUAGGUAACAUGAGUGGGGAGCACAGCCACCAGGAGUUGACAGGAGAAAUACCUCUUUUAAAUGUUAAUUGUCACAUAGCCACAAUGUCGUUUAAAUGUUUGUCCCUUUUAAUACACUCAAUGAGUGAGGUGUCACAUUUCAAGCUAGUGAGAUUACAACUGUAAUUUCUAUGUAUUUACUCUGCAUAAUGUUUUACAUAUUUGUCCAUUCCUUAGAGACUCCAAUCAUGGUAAAUACAGCAAAUAAAUAUGAGAUAUCAGUUACAGGAAUUAAAUAUCUACAGGACAUAUAUAAUCAGUGUUUACACUGGGUUCAUGCUGGAUCAGUGCAACAUCUACAUAAAGCUGCAUGGGGCCAUUGUGUGGCUCUAUAUGGGAAAGGAUUCUGUUCCUGUAAUAAGAAGGUCAUAGGUUCAAAUCCCAGGGGUGAUGUCACCGUUGAGCCCUUGAUCAAGGCUUUUAACCUCAGUUGCUCCGGAGACUGGCAGACCCUGCUCCCUGAUCCACAAAUGCCUGUCACUAUGGUUACAUGUAGAUCUGCAAGCACAGGACCACGAUCUGAAGGCAAAAACCUCAGGCUGCGGCCCAGUCUACCUGAACAGCCCCCAGUGAAAUGGCUGCAUGUGAUCGAAUGUACGUGUUCCAUGACGAUGCGUGUGCGAGUUCCUGAGGGGAUGGCCUUUCCACGUGACCUUUAGCAGUACGUCUGUCAUGUUAAACUUCACAGUCCUGACGUAGUAGUUUGCAGUCAGAGCUAUCUCAGGUAGCUCUCUACUGUGCCUGAGCAUGGAAAAGUCGCUUUGCGUUUUUGUACAUGCGUGAAACAUCUUAAGUAGUCACUUUUCAUGUGUUAUCUGUUAGUUUCCUGUUUCUAUGCAUGCGCCAGCAGUACAGACCACCUACGGUACACAGAAAUAACCUAUUCUUAUAACAGGACAAAUACAAAUAAAGACUAAUCUAGAAUU